UUGAAGGGACCUACUCAUUUACUGAAUGUCACUGAAGACGCAAUAAACUUGGAUCAAACUCACGAGUUGGUCAACCCAGAUGAUGAUAGAGAGAUCCGUCCGACAGAAGCAUUAUGCGUUACAAAGACCAAAGUAUCAGGAAAUAGUUCUCUUGGUACUCACAGAUACGAAAGAUUUUCUCGUUGGAGACGUCUCGUACAAGCUAUUGCACGACUGAAAAUCUUUGCAAGAAUGCAUAAGGAUCAAAAGGAACAGGUUAAGAGCACACUUGCAAAAGUGGCGACCUAUCGGGAUGCAGAACUAUUUGUUAUAAAAUAUGUUCAGAGAGAGGUCUAUGGCCUGGAAAUUAGCUGUAUCCAGUAAAACAUGCACUUACCAAAGGAUAGCAGUAUCUACAAGCUGUCACCAUUUUUGGAUGCUGAUGGAAUUUUGCGUGUAGGUGGACGGAUUAAGAUGGCGGAUCUUGGGUCUAUAGAGAAGACGCCUCUAUUGCUUCCUGGAAAACAUCAUGUUUCAAGAUUACUUGUAUUACACUUCCACGAGGAAGUUAAGCAUCAAGGAAGAAGCUUCACUGAAGGGGCAGUGAGAUCAGCAGGAUACUGGAUCACUGGUUGUAAGAACCUGAUCUCAUCUAUUUUGCACAAGUGUGUUAUUUGUCGCAAACUAAGAGGACGUCUGGACUGGCAGAAAAUGGCAGACUUACCGAAGGAUAGGCUUGAGGUAGCACCACCGUUUACGAGUGUCGGGGUCGACACCUUUGGUCCAUGGUCAGUCAUAUCACGCAAGACUCGAGCAGGGAGUGCCAGUUCAAAGCGCUGGGCCAUCAUGUAUACAUGUCUGGUUACUCGAGCAAUCCACAUAGAAGUUGUUGACGAGAUGUCUUCAACAGCUUUCAUCAACUCACUAAAACGGUUCACAGCCAUUAGAGGGAAGGUCAAGAUAUUACGCUCUGAUCGAGGCACAAAUUUUGUUGGUGCCACGGAUGACCUUCACAUUGAUACAAUAAAUGUAGAAGACGGACCGGUGACGAACCACCUAUACAACUCCGGAACCACAUGGAUAUUCAACCCUCCCCAUGCUUCCCACAUGGGAGGUGUUUGGGAGAGAAUGGUAGGAGUCACACGUAAAAUAUUAGACUCCAUGCUUUCCAACGUAUCAGACCGCAGUCUUACCCAUGAUGUACUGUGCACAUUCAUGGCGGAAGUAUGUGCCAUAAUAAACAACCGACCACUUGUGCCUGUUUCUUCUGAUGUUGACUUUCCUUUUGUUUUAUCACCAGCAUCUAUUCUUACUCAGAAAGUAGGCGAUUCAUGUACAACCACAAAUGACAACCCAGAGACCUUUUCGCUGAAGGAUUUGUACAAGUCGUGAUGGAGAAGAGUGCAAGCACUGUCUGACGCCUUUUGGGCAAGAUGACGUAAGGAGUACUUAACGACCCUGCAGAAGCGUCGCAAAUGGAAUGAUGACCGGCGGAAUUUUUCCCCUGGAGAUGUCGUUCUCAUCCGGGAUAAAAAUGUUCAUCGAAAUCAGUGGCCUCUUGGCGUUGUCACACAUGUAUUUCCUAGCACAGACAAUCUUGUGAAGAAGGUGGAAGUGCGCGUUGCGAAAGCUGAUAAACCUACCUUAUAUACGCGUCCCAUUUGUGAUAUGGUACUUUUGGUAUCUGAGUAAUUUGUCUUUGGACCAUUUAUAACCAUGCUGUAAUCUUUUCAGGUGUAUUUUUUGUCUUAUGUAAAGGAUAGUUUUUGCAUUAUGUGUGAAAUUUCAUCAUUCUAGUCAAUCAAUUGUAAUACUUGUUUACUUUUCUUUUUUUUUUUCAUUGAUUGAUAUCGGGGAGAUAUCAGACGCGGAGUGUUCUGGAUUGAGAAUUUUGAUGAGUAUGUCAGAGUUAUUGUUCUUUGUUUAGUACAUCAUCCAUGUGUGAGUUAUCUCUCUUGUCUGUUGCCGCCAAAUCUCGUGUGAAAGAGUGCUCCUUUGUUUUGUUAUUCUUGUUGGAAUUUUCCUUCUGUAGGCCACCCACGGUCUAUUUACCACACUCAGACAUUCACAUUUGUCUCUCAGCCAUUUGGAGAGUUACAAUAAACGAAUUAAGGAGGUUAUA